AUGCCUGCUUCCCCUAGUGUCCCCAAAAAGGCUGCUAGACCCCAAACCAUCACGCCGCUGGCUGUAGUUGGUGGAGUGGCGAUGGACGUAACAUGCGGUAUUUCUGGCUCACAGCUGGGCACUUCUCAUCCCGGAAAGGUGACCAACUCAAUUGGAGGUGUGGGUCAUAACAUCGUUCUGGCUAUCCAUUACACUGGGUCCAAGCAUGGUAUCUCCCCACGGCUCAUCUCGGCAGUGGGUCAGGACGGGGAUGGAAACGAGAUUUUAUCGCACAUGGAAAAGGUGGGUUUGGAUACCAGUGGCAUCAAGCAGGACUCUAAGGAGGGAACAGCCAGAUAUGUGGCUAUGCAUGACAAGAACGGAGACCUCGUUGUGGCAUGUGCGGAUAUGGACAUUAUCCAGAACCUCGACGUGGUUCAUAUUGGCCAGCAGCUUACUACAGCUCAGCCAAAGUGGAUCAUGAUGGACGGAAAUAUCGGACUGGAGGCCAAAAAGGAGGUGCUCAAAUACGCACGGGACAAGUCUGCACAGGUGGCAUUCGAACCCACGUCUGUCCCCAAAGCCGCUGCUCUUUCCGAGCUCAAUCUGCCCGUUUACCCCAACAACUCCAUUGCCUUAGCCACCCCCAACACUGCAGAGCUCGAGGCCAUGUUCGAGGCAUUCCACGAGAAGGGCCGAUUUGACGUUGACGACUGGUUUCCAGUCAUAGACGGUCUUGCUCUCGGAGCUGACUUUAGAAACGGAGCCACCAUGUUGUCGCACCAACAUCGUGGACUCAAAGCUAUUCUCGAACAAGGAACUCUGGCCCAGGCAAUCCACAUGCUACCAUACAUCCCAACUUUGAUCAUCAAGGGCGGAGCCAACGGCGUCGUCGUCUUCCAACUCAUUGAUGAUAUCGAGUCUGCCAUUCAUUCACAGCGUUCUGCUUCCAAUAAAACGCCUGGCCUGUUCCAGAAGGGCAACGCUGCGAGUGGAAACACCAAGGUCGGCGUCUACAUGCAGUACUUUGAGCCCGAAGAAGUGGGCAGUCAGUCGAUUGUAAGCGUGACUGGAGCUGGAGACACUCUGUUUGGAACCCUGGCCAUGGAGAUUGUCAAGGACGAGUCCUGGUUGAACGAUAUGGGAGACAAGAAGAGUGCAGUUGUUUCUCGAGCCAUGAACAAUGCUGUGAAGACUAUUCAGAGUAAGGACGCUGUCUGCAAGAGCAUCCUUUAA